AUGCCUAACGAACGCCCGAAACAGUUCGGUGGCCCGUCGCGUUAUGGCGCAUCCGCUCGCCCUCCUGUGCGCCUGCAGCCUUCGGCAGCAUCAACCACGCCGCAGACCUCCAGAGCCAGCCAGAUGGGCCUCGGCUUAGGUAAAGGCGCGGCUGGACUAGGAAGGGGGAAGGGUAUUGCCAGAGGCAGCUUAAAGCGUCAUAUGAAAAUUCAAAAAGAUAAUAUUUAUGGCGUCACCAAGGGCGAUAUUCGACGACUGGCGCGCCGUGGCGGAGUCAAGCGUAUAUCAGCCACGAUCUACGAUGACGUCCGUGAUGCUCUCAAACAACGGUUAAGACUGAUCCUGCAGCGUGUAUGCGCCAUCAUCGAUUCUAGUGGCCGCAAGACGGUGUCUGUCAGCGAUAUUGUGUUUACCCUUCGGGGACUCGGAAACCCAAUCUACGGCUUCGAGCCGUCGUUCCUGCGUUAA